CUUCAACUGUGGUUUUGGUGCCUAGCACGACACCUCCCGCUCUCCCCGACGUUUUGACAAGCACUUACAGCGGCUCCGUCACAUUGACUACCGUCUUGCCCCUCGGCCCAUCCGGAGACCCUUCGACUGUGGUCUUGGUCCCGAGUUCAACCGGACCUGCAGCCCCCAACCUGUUCACGUCUACAUACGAUGGCUCCAUCACUCAAACGACCACCAUCAUCGGACCCUCGGGCGAUGUUGCUACAGUCAUCCUGGUUCCCAGCUCAACGGCUGCGCCUGACGACUACCCUUGCCGGCGGAAGCACUCUGGUUCUUGUUCCGAGUUCCACGGGCGCGCCAGUUCCUGGUCCCUUCACCAGUACGUAUGACGGAUCAGUCGUCCAGACAACUACGCUUCCCGGUGGAAACACUCUGGUGCUGGUCCCGAGCUCGACGGGCGUACCGGUCCCCGGUCCUUUCACUAGCACAUAUGAUGGAUCAGUCACUCAGACGACUACCAUCGCAGGUGGAAGCACUUUGAUUCUUGUCCCGAGCUCCACUGGCGGCGCUCCAGUCCCUGGUCCUUUCACCAGCACCUAUGAUGGAUCGGUUACUCAGACAACCACUCUUGCGGGUGGAAACACUCUGAUCCUUGUCCCGAGUGCCUCGACGACUCCCUCGGCGGCUCUUCCGAAUGUGCUGACCAGCACUUACGAUGGUUCUGUUACUCAGACAACCACUCUUCCCGGUGGAAGCACGCUGGUCCUCGUUCCAAGCUCAACAGGUGUACCGGCUCCGGGCCUGUUCACCAGCACAUAUGGUGGUUCUGUCACUCAAACCACCACGCUUCCUGGCGGAGACACUCUGGUUCUUGUUCCAAGCCCAACAAGCGCGGCUCUCCCCAACAUCCUGACAAGCACCUACGGCGGUUCUGUCACUCUGACUUCGACGCUACCCGCCGGCCCAUCGGGCGAGCCUGGUGCAACUAUUAUCUUGGUGCCCAGUUCCACGGGCGGCGGCUUGCCUGGCCCAAUCACGAGCACGUAUGGUGGUUCAGUUACUUUGACAACUACACUUCCUGCCGGAUCAUCGGGAGAGCCUGGAGCAACUGUCAUCCUGGUGCCCUCGUCGACGACCGCACUGCCCAACAUCUUCACCAGCACAUAUGGUGGCUCGGUCACAUUGACAACGACUUUGCCUGCUGGUCCUUCUGGAGAACCAGGAGCAACAGUCAUUUUGGUCCCUUCAUCAACAACGGCGUUGCCUAAUGUGUUUACCAGCACAUACGGUGGCUCUGUUACCUUGACAACCACUCUUCCUGCUGGUCCUUCUGGUGAACCGGGGGCGACAGUCAUCUUGGUUCCUUCAUCAACCACGGCGUUGCCCAAUGUGUUUACCAGCACGUAUGGUGGCUCGGUCACAUUGACCACGACUCUGCCUCCGGGCUCCUCCGGCGAACCGGGAGCGACGGUCAUCCUGGUUCCGUCGUCACCGGCAGCCUCGACAACAGCAUUGCCCAACAUCUUCACCAGCACAUACGGCGGCUCUGUCACCUUGACAACCACCCUCCCUGCUGGAUCGUCUGGCGAGCCUGGUGCAACCGUGAUCUUGGUUCCAUCCGCAGCAACGACAGCCCUGCCCAAUGUUUUCACCAGCACGUACGGCGGAUCAAUCACGCAAACCACGACUCUGCCGCCAGGCCCAUCUGGAGAGCCUGGCAUCACAGUCAUCUUGGUUCCGUCCUCGACGACCGCCUCGACAACAGCGUUGCCGAAUGUGUUCACCAGCACAUACGGCGGCUCAGUCACGCAAACCACGACUCUGCCGCCAGGCCCGUCGGGCGAGCCUGGUCCGAUUGUCAUUUUGGUUCCGUCCUCGACGACCGCCCCGACAACUGUGUUGCCCAAUGUCUUCACCAGCACGUACGGCGGCUCAGUCACGCAAACGACAACCCUUCCGCCAGGUCCGUCGGGCGAACCGGGUCCGAUUGUCAUUUUGGUGCCGAGCUCCACGCAGCCGCUGCCCAAUGUCUUCACCAGCACUUAUGGCGGAUCAGUCACUCUCACGAGCACGUUCCCAGCCGGCCCAUCCGGCGAGCCUGGUUCUGUUGUUGUUCUUGUGCCCAGCACGACGCCCGCGCUUCCCAACGUUCUCACAAGCACAUACGGCGGUUCGGUGACGCUGACCUCGGUCUUCCCGACUGGACCCAGCGGCGAGCCUGGCUCCACGGUCGUCUUCGUUCCUAGCAGUACCGCUGCGCUGCCCAUUGUCUUCACGAGCACCUAUGAUGGCUCUGUCACUCUUACGUCCACCUUCCCGGCCGGACCUAGCGGACAGCCCGGGUCGACGGUCGUCUUUGUGCCUAGCAUCCCUGGUGCUAGCAGCACUCCGGCUUUGCCGAACGUGCUGACCAGCACUUACGAUGGAUCUGUCACUUUGACCUCUGUAUUCCCUACUGGACCCAGCGGCGAACCUGGAUCGACGGUUGUCUUUGUUCCCAGCGUCAUCGGUGCUUCAACGACGACACCUAGCAACCCGAACAUCUUGACCAGCACGUACGAUGGAUCUGUCACUUUGACCUCUGUAUUCCCUACUGGACCCAGCGGCGAACCUGGCUCAACAGUGGUAUUUGUCCCCAGCCUCACAAGCGGAAUCAGCAGUCCUUCAGUUGCACCCAACGUGUUGACCAGCACUUACGACGGGUCUGUGACGUUGACUUCGACGUUGCCCGGGGGAUCAACCAUUGUCCUGGUACCAAGCGGCUCGACGACUCCAUCCGCUGCUCUGCCGAACGUUCUUACCAGCACCUAUGAUGGCUCCAUCACGUCAACAUCUACGUUGCCUGGAGGAUCAACAGUCAUCCUGGUUCCGAGUGCCACUGCCACUCCAUCGACGGCUCUUCCGAACGUCUUGACCAGCACGUACGGUGGCUCUGUCACAUUGACAUCGACGUUGUCCGAUGGUUCGACCGUCAUCCUGGUGCCAAGCGCUUCAACUACUCCUUCAGCAGCUCUCCCCAACGUGCUGACCAGUACUUACGACGGGUCGGUCACGUUGACUUCAACAUUGCCCGGCGGGUCAACGGUCAUUCUGGUCCCGAGUGCUUCAGCAACUCUCCCCGGCAUCUUGACCAGCACCUACGAUGGAUCUGUCACCUUGACCUCGACAUUGCCUGGUGGCUCGACCGUCAUCUUGGUCCCGAGUGCCUCGACCAGUCCUUCAGUUGCACCCAACGUGCUGACCAGCACUUACGAUGGAUCCAUCACCUUGACCUCGACAUUGCCUGGUGGCUCGACCGUCAUCCUGGUCCCGAGUGCCUCCACCACUCCUACGGCUCUUCCCAACGUGCUAACAAGUACCUACGACGGGUCCAUCACGUUGACCUCAACAUUGCCUGGUGGAUCAACAGUUGUUUUGGUGCCAAGCGCUUCAACUACUCCAUCAGUUGCGCCUAACGUGCUGACCAGCACCUACGAUGGAUCUGUCACCUUGACCUCGACCUUGGCCGGUGGUUCAACAGUUAUUUUGGUCCCGAGUGCCUCAACCACUCCUUCGGCCGCUCUCCCCAACGUGCUAACCAGCACCUACGGCGGCUCAGUGACCCAGACCACGACCAUUGCCGUCGGCCCGUCAGGAGAAUCCAGCGUGAUCGUUCUCGUUCCCAGCUCCCCGAUCGACACGUCCUCCCGCAGUAUCUCGUUCGUCACCAUCACCAGCACCUACACCGGCUUGGUUCCCUCGGCGACGACGGUCCUGCCCACGGGCACCGAUGAUGCGGGCACCGUCAUUAUUCUUGAGCCGACGUCUACUAUCAGCGCCUCUCCCGGCCUGUUCAUCACCGUCACCAGUGGGUACACCGGAUCGACGACUUCGACGUCCACGGUGCUGCCUACGGGCACAGAGACGGUCGGCGCCGUCAUCAUUCUCGUGCCCACGAGCGCUGUCUCAGCCAGCUUCACGACUAUUACGAGCGGAUACACCGGCGUGGUCGAGUCGACGUCCACCAUCUUCCCAACCGGAACCGAUACUGUCGGCACCGUCGUCAUCCUGGAGCCCACGGCUACCGCGGCGCCCAGCGUCACAAUCUCUUACACGACUGUCAUCAGCACCUACGCCGGGUCUCUUCUGUCGACCUCGACACAGGCCCCCGCCGGCACAGAUUCCGUUGGGACCGUCAUACUGCUUGUACCGAGCUCCAGCGUGUCCAUCCCUGGCAUCUCGUCGUACACCACCGUUACGAGCACUUACGCCGGCUCGCAGCUUCUCGUCUCUACCGCUGCACCAUCGGGCACUGAUACUGUCGGCACGGUCAUCAUCUUUGAGCCUGCUGUCACGACAGCUUCUUCCGGGGUCUUGUCUACUGAGACUUCUAUCUCGGCUACUUCUACAAGCAUCACCGCAUUGCCCGCCAGCCUCUCAACAAUUACAAGUGGAUACAGCGGUUCCGUCACGCAGACCACGACUAUCCCCCCUGACCCGCAAGAUACAAACGGCGUCAGCACCGUCAUCGUGCAAGUUCCGACCUCUGGAACCUCGUCAUCGGCCUUACCGGCUACCUCUGGGAUCCCGACCUCUCUUCCCACGUCGUCGGCCACUUCCGGGGGCCCCACGACCAGCUAUACGACCAUCACGAGAGGAUACAGUGGCUCCGUCACCAGAACAACGACUCUUCCUCCUGACCCGGAUGACACAAACAGCGUCUUCGCCGUCAUUGUCGAGGUCCCGGAGUCCCAGACGACGACCGAGAGCGACGGCCCCACAUCGACCGAUAUCCCUCCGAUCGGCCCCACUUCUACCGACCCCACCGGAGCGGCGAGCCGGUCUUACACCACCAUCUUCAGCACCGGCACCGGAUCCGUGGCUGGCACGACCACGAUCGAGCCAUCCAGCGGCGAUCCUGCCAAUGUUGGAACUGUUAUCGUCAACCUCCCCAACGUCCUGGCCACGCCGAGCCCGACAGGCAGCGCCAGCGUCGUCUACACCACCAUCGUCAGCUUCUACUCGGGUUCCAUCCCGGUCACGAGCACGUUCGGCCCGGCGGCCGGAGAUGGAACUGGAACGGUGGUUAUUCAGGUUCCUCUCACCACUUCUGGUAUUUCGGUUUCUCCUGGAGGCUUCUUCACAACAGUCUUCAGCACUUACGAUGGCUCCGUGACUCUCACGACGACCAUCCCCCCCGCGGGACCCUCGGAAACCGGAACGGUUAUCGUCCAAGUUCCCAGCAACGUCCUGGCCUCUCCAAGCAUCUCAUACACGACGAUCACGAGCCCCUUCACCGGCUCGGUGCCCCAGACCACAACCAUCGCACCUGGGGUUCCCGGAGGCCUGGGUACCGUCAUCAUCCAAGUCCCGACGAGCUCGGCCAGCGCGGGUGCUGUAUCGUACGUGACCAUCACCAGCGGCGGCUUCACCGGCCUGGUGCCCGCGACGACGACAAUCCCGCCGGCCAACCCCGGAGACUCCGGCACCGUCAUCGUGCAGGUGCCGGAUCCGACGCUGGCCAGCGGCAUCCUUUACACGACCGUCACGAGCGGCUACGACGGCUCCGUCACCCUCACCUCGAGCCUCCCUCUGGCCACCGUCGGCGGAUCUCCCGUGCAGACGGUCGUCGUCCAGGUGCCCACGGCCUCGGUCGCGAGCGGAAUCCUCUUCACGACCGUCACAAGCGGCUACGCCGGAUCCGUCACGCAGACCACCAGCCUGCCCCUCGGCACUGUCGGUGGUUCUCCGGUCCAGACGGUCGUCGUGCAGGUCCCGACCGCCACGAGUGCUUUGGGCGCGCAGUACACGACCCUGACCAGCGGCUACGGCGGCUCCAUCAUCGCGACCGAGACGGGCACCCUCACCGGCGCCGACGGUCUCGUGACCGUCAUCGUGCUAUCGCCGACGGCCAUCACGCUUCCAACCGCCACGGUAAGCCCUGGACUGUUCAUCACCGUCACCUCCGGGUACGGUGGAUCCGUCACGGCCACCUCGACCGGAUCGGUCACUGGGGCCGACGGGCUCGUUACUGUGGUUAUCCAGACCCCGACGGCAACACUUCUGCCCGGGCUUUCUUACACGACGGUCACGAGUGGCUACGGCGGCUCAGUUGUUCAGACCAUUGUCGGGUCUUCUACCGGCGCGGAUGGCCUGGCAACGGUUGUUAUCCAGACACCGACUGCAACGGUUCUGCCUGGGCUGUCUUACACGACCGUUACCAGCGGAUAUGGCGGCUCGGCUGUCCAGACUGUUAUUGGAACGGCCACUGGAGCCGACGGCCUGGCCACCGUUGUGAUCCAGACUCCCACGGUAACUGUCCUGCCUGGGCUGUCUUACACCACCGUUACCAGUGGUUACGGAGGCUCAGUCGUCCAGACUGUUAUUGGUACGGCUACAGGAGCGGAUGGUCUGGCCACUGUUGUGAUCCAGACUCCCACGGUAACAGUCUUGCCUGGUGUUUCGUACACGACUGUUACCAGUGGCUAUGGAGGCUCAAUCGUCCAGACUGUCGUUGGAACCGCCACUGGCGCAGACGGCUUGGCCACGGUUGUUAUUCAGACUCCGACUGCGACCGUCCUACCUGGCGUUUCCUACACGACUGUUACCAGUGGUUACGGGGGUUCAAUUGUCCAGACUAUCAUCGGAACAGCUACAGGAGCAGAUGGUCUGGCCACGGUUGUUAUUCAGAUCCCAACUGCGACGGUUCUUCCUGGUCUCGCGUACACCACUGUCACUACUGGAUAUGCAGGCUCAGUUGUCCAGACUCUUGUUGGCACAUCAACCGGCGCCGAUGGUUUGGCUACUGUUGUCAUCCAGACGCCCACCGUCGGCAUCACAUCGCCCUCGUCAACAAUCCCAGGUCUGUCAUACACUACAGUCACCAGCGGUUAUGGCGGCUCUGUUCUUCAGACGCUUAUUGGAACGGCCACUGGGGCCGACGGUCUGGCCACUGUUGUUAUUCAAACCCCAACUGCAACAGUUCUGCCUGGUCUUGCGUACACCACUGUCACUACUGGAUACGCAGGCUCGGUUGUCCAGACCCUCAUCGGCACCGCCACAGGCGCCGAUGGCUUGGCAACCGUUGUCAUCCAGACGCCCACUGCCGGCAUUACAUCGCCUUCGUCGACCAUCCCCGGCCUGUCUUACACGACGGUUACCAGUGGCUACGGUGGUUCUGUGCUUCAGACGCUUAUUGGAACGGCCACAGGUGCCGAUGGUUUGGCCACCGUUGUCAUCCAAACGCCUACCGCCGGCAUCACAUCGCCUUCGUCAACCAUCCCCGGCUUGUCUUACACCACGGUCACCAGUGGGUACGGCGGCUCUGUGCUUCAGACCCUCAUCGGCACCGUCACGGGGGCCGACGGCCUGGCUACCGUUGUUAUCCAGACGCCGACCUUGGCUCCAGGUCUCUCGUACACAACCGUUACCAGCGGUUAUGGAGGCUCUUUGCUCCAGACUCUCAUCGGUACCGCCACGGGACCUGACGGCCUUGCCACUGUUGUCAUCCAAACGCCCACUGCUGGUAUCACUUCGCCUUCUUCAACGGUGCCAGGACUCUCAUACACCACCGUGACCAGCGGGUAUGGCGGCUCCGUCCUCCAAACUCUCAUCGGUACGGCCACUGGCGCAGAUGGUUUGGCAACGGUUGUUAUCCAGACUCCGACGACCGUUCCAGGACUGUCUUAUACGACCGUGACCAGCGGCUACGGCGGCUCCGUCCUCCAGACUCUUAUUGGCACGGCCACCGGCGCCGAUGGCCUCGCGACUGUUAUUAUUCAGACUCCGACGACCGUUCCAGGACUGUCCUACACGACGGUCACGAGCGGCUACGGUGGCUCCGUCCUCCAGACCCUUAUCGGCACGGCCACCGGCGCCGACGGCUUGGCAACGGUUGUUAUCCAGACGCCGACGACGGUCCCGGGGCUUUCUUACACAACCGUCACCAGUGGGUACGACGGUUCUGUGCUCCAGACCCUCGUCGGGACGGCCACUGGUGCAGAUGGCUUGGCCACGGUGGUUAUCCAGACUCCCACUCUUGCGGCGUCUCCCUCAACCACACUUGCUGGUCUCUCAUACACAACAGUCACAACCGGUUACGGAGGCUCUGUUCUCCAGACUCUCAUUGGAACUGCCACCGGCGCCGAUGGACUCGCCACAGUGGUUAUCCAAACGCCGACUAUCGCCCCUGGCCUCUCUUACACAACAGUCACAAGCGGUUAUGACGGUUCUGUUUUGCAGACGCUCAUUGGAACGGCCACUGGGCCUGACGGUCUUGCUACUGUAGUUAUCCAAACCCCGACUGCGUUGCCUUCAACCACACUUCCUGGUCUUUCAUACACCACAGUCACAAGCGGUUAUGGCGGUUCUGUUCUUCAAACGCUUAUCGGAACGGCUACUGGACCUGAUGGUCUUGCUACUGUGGUUAUCCAAACCCCGACUGCGUUGUUGCCUUCAACCACACUUCCUGGCCUCUCUUACACAACCGUCACCAGCGGAUAUGGCGGAUCGGCCCUCCAGACGCUCAUCGGCACCGCCACCGGAGCCGACGGCCUUGCGACGGUCAUCGUACAAGUCCCAACAGGCUCGACUGCCGUCGCUCCCUCGCCGUCGACCACGGUCCCCGGUCUUUCAUACACCACAGUUACGAGUGGCUACGACGGAACGUUCCUCCAGACUCUCAUCGGCACCGCCACCGGCGCCGACGGGCUGGCCACGGUCAUUGUCCAGGUUCCCACUUCGACGGCUUCUCCCACGACCUCCAUCAGCCAGGUCUUCGUCUCGUACAUCACCGUCACCACUGGCUACGCCGGCUCCGUCACGCUGUCCCAGACCGUCGAGCCGGCCGCCUCCGGUCUCCCCGGCACCGUCUUCAUCCAGAUCCCGACCAACGUUGCUUCGACCACGCCGUCGGCGAGCGUGUCCGAUGCCGUCUCCUACACGACCAUCACGACCUUCAUCACGGCGUCCGCCACGCAGAUCACCACGCUUCCCGUGUCUCGGCCUGGCGAUGUUGUCACGGUGCUCGUUGGCGCCCCCCGAAUCCUCAGGUUCGCCACGACGACGAUCCCGGGUCUCUCGGCCUUGGCGACGUCGACUCUACCCAUUGGCCCCGACGGCAUUCAGACGAUCCUGGUACAGGUGCCCGAGUCCCUCUCGGCGUCGUCAACAGGCGCCGGCGGCCUGACGACCGUCUUCAACACGUACGCCGGCUCCGUGACCCUCGUCUCGACCGGUACUCCAGCCCAACCCGGCGACCAGACCACCGUCUUUGUCCAGCUGCCCGGAGCCACCGUCUCCGAGAUCACGACGACACGCUUCGGUGCGUCCUCGGCCGGCACCACAACGAUCCCGCCGGCGAUCUCCGGCCUGCCGGCCACCGUCGUUGUCGAUGUCCCUGUUGUCUUCUCGACCGUCACGAGCGGAUACUCAGGUCUCGUGCCGGCGACGACGACGAUCCUGCCGACGGACUCCACGGGCGUCGGUCUCGUCAUCAUCCAGACCCCCACCACCUCGGGCAGCCUGCCGUCGGUCACCCCGUCCACCGUCUUCACGACCGCUCCGGGCACCGGCCUUGUGCCUCAGACGACCACCGUCACCGGCGCAGAUGGCGUUGUCUCUGUCAUUGUCCAGACUCCCACGUCCGGCAUCCCCGGAAGCACCGUGUUCACCACGAGGCCUGGAACCGGUCUCUUGCCGACCUCGACUACGGUCACUGGCGCGGAUGGAGUUGUCUCCGUCAUUGUCGAGACUCCUACUUCCGGCCCCUCGGGCACCACUGUUUUCACCACAGCCCCUGGAACCGGCCUCGUGCCGCAGACGACUACGGUCACUGGCCCUGAUGGCGUUGUGUCUGUCAUUCUGCAGACUCCUACGACAUCUGGCCAAGCACUCUCUACCGUCUUCACCACGGCUCCUGGAACUGGUCUUGUGCCGCAGACGACUACGGUCACUGGCCCUGAUGGCGUUGUGUCUGUCAUUCUGCAGACUCCUACGACAUCUGGCCAAGCACUCUCUACCGUCUUCACCACGGCUCCUGGAACUGGUCUUGUGCCGCAGACGGCUACUGUUACUGGCCCUGACGGAGUUGUUUCUGUUAUUUUGCAGACCCCUACUACGUCUAGCCAAGCUGUCUCUACAGUCUUCACUACAGCUCCUGGUACUGGCCUUGUGCCUCAGACAACAACAGUCACUGGUCCAGAUGGCGUUGUGUCUGUCAUCCUUCAGACUCCCACCACGUCUGGUCAAGCACUAUCCACAGUUUUCACCACAGCGCCUGGAACCGGACUUGUACCUCAGACAACUACGGUCACUGGCCCCGAUGGAGUUGUUUCUGUUAUUCUUCAGACUCCCACAACAUCUGGCCAAGCACCCUCUACGGUCUUUACCACGGCUCCCGGUACUGGUCUCGUGCCCCAGACGACAACAGUCACCGGUCCUGAUGGCGUUGUCUCUGUCAUCCUUCAGACUCCCACAACUUCUGGACAGGCUCUUUCGACAGUCUUCACAACAGCCCCUGGCACUGGAUCUGUCGUGGCCACGACCACGGUCACCGGCCCUGACGGUGUUGUCUCGGUUAUCCUGCAGACUCCUACGACCUCCGGACAGGCUCUUUCAACCGUCUUCGUCACUACUGCGGGUACAGGGCCGUUGCCUCAGACCACAACAGUCACCGGCGCCGACGGAGUGGUCUCGGUCAUUCUUCAGACCCCGACAUCCAGCGCCGGAGGCCCUACAACGGUCUUCACGACGGCCGCCGGCACCGGCUCCGGCGUGGCCACGACGACUGUCACCGGCCCCGACGGAGUCGUCUCCGUCAUUGUCCAGACCCCGACGCAGACUCCAGUCAACCCGACCACCGUCUUCACAACUUCCCGUGGCACCGCCGCUCUGCCGGCAACUACAACCGUUACCGGACCAGACGGAGUGGUCUCCGUUAUCUUCCUCGAGCCGGCAACUUCCAGCCCCGGAGCCCCGACAACAGUCUUCACGACGGCCGCCGGCACCGGCUCCGGAGUGGCCACAACGACCGUUACCGGGCCCGAUGGAGUCGUGUCCGUCAUUGUCCAGACGCCAACACAGACGCCAGUCAACCCGACCACCGUCUUCACAACUUCUCGUGGCACUGCCGCCCUGCCGGCAACCACAACCGUCACCGGCUCAGACGGAGUGGUCUCCAUUAUCUUCCUCGAGCCGGCAACUUCCAGCCCCGGAGCCCCGACAACGGUCUUUACAACUUCUCGUGGCACCGCCGCUUUGCCAGCAACUACAACCGUCACCGGCCCAGACGGCGUCGUCUCUGUCAUCUUCCUCGAGCCCACGACUUCCGGCCAGAGCCCCAUCACGCCGACCACAGUCUUCACCACCGUCCCCGGCACCGGAUCUCUCCCGGCAACGGCCGUCACCACGGGUCCCGAUGGCGUGGUAUCCGUCAUCGUGUCCGAGCCCACGCCGAGCCUCGGCGGCGUCUCCUUCACAACCAUCACGACGGGCGGCCCGGUUGCCGCAACAAGCACCGUUCUGCCAGCAGUCAUCGGCGGGGUCGGCACCGUCAUUAUCCAGACGCCCACUCUCCCGGCAAGCCCCGGAGCCUUUAUCACAGUCACCUCUGGGGGCCCGGUUGCGUCGACAUUCACUCUGCCGGCGGCCGAUUCUACCGGCACCCCUACCGUCGUCAUCCAGACCCCGACCGCCAGCCCCAGCGGGGCCGCCGAUCCUUUCACAACCAUCACCAUCACCGGCUCCGUCGCAACGACUUUCUCGGUCCCCGCUGUCGGCUCGGGCAUUGGGACCGUCAUCGUACAAGUCACCGGCACCUCUACACCGACGUCGUCCCCGGCGAGCGUGUCGUUCACAACCAUCUUCUCGGGCGUGUCUGGCCCCUUUGUCGGGCCUCAGACCACCACGUUGCCUGCCGGCCCCGACGGAGUGGUCACCGUGGUCGUCCAGAGCGCGAUCCCGUCGUCGUUGUCGUCGUCGUCCAGCAUCUCAUACACGACGGUGUUCACGGGUGUCCCGGGAGCCUUCAUCGGACUGCAGACCAGCACUCUACCGGCCGGGCCCGACGGCGUCGCCACGGUGCUCGUCCAGAGUGCCCUUCCCACUGCCAGCCCGACGUCCUACACGACUGUUUUCACCGGUAUCCCUGGCACGUUGGCUGGACCUCAGACAAGCACGCUUCCUGCCGGCGCCGACGGAGUUGCCACUGUUAUCAUCCAGACGGCUCUGCCUACCGUAAUACCCACCGCCAGCGUCAGCACCGUGUACAUCACUAUCGUCACCGGCAUCUUCGGUUCCUUCACCGGGACUCAGACGACCACUCUGCCCGUCCUGUCCAUCCCCAGCAUCGGCAUCGGUUUCGGCGUCACGGCCACCGUCCUUCUCCAGACAGCCAUCCCCUCGGCGAGCAUCACCUCAUACACUACGAUUUCGACCGGUGUCGUGGGAUCCUUUACCGGAACCCGCACCACGACGCUUCCGGGUGUUGGCCCCGACGGUUUGGUCACCGUCGUUCUCGAGACGACCGUCCCGGCGGCCCUUUCUUACACGACUCUAGUUACUGGCGUGCCCGGAGCGUUCACGGGCACUCAGACGACGACUCUGACUGGCAUCGGUGCCAAUGGCCUCGGUACUGUUCUUCUUCAGACCGCCAUCCCGCUGGCCACAUCUUACACGACCGUCUUCAGCGGUAUCGUCGGCGGCGCUUUUACCGGGACACAGACGACGACUCUGCCCGGCACCGGCGCCGACGGCUUGGCCACGGUCGUUCUCCAGACGGCACUCCCGCUGGCCACCUCCUAUACAACUGUCUUCAGUGGUAUCGUCGGCGGCGCCUUUACCGGAACCCAGACAACAACUCUGCCCGGAACUGGUGCCGACGGCCUCGGAACCGUCGUUCUGCAGACGGCUCUUCCGCUGGCCACCUCCUACACGACCGUCUUCAGCGGUAUUAUCGGCGGUGCUUUUACCGGGACACAGACAACAACUCUGCCCGGCACCGGUCCAAACGGACUUGGAACUGUCGUCCUGCAAACAGCACUCCCGCUGGCUACAUCGUACACGACUAUCUUCAGCGGUAUCGUCGGCGGCGCCUUUACCGGGACACAGACGACGACUCUGCCCGGCACCGGCGCCGACGGCUUGGCCACGGUCGUUCUCCAGACGGCACUCCCGCUGGCCACCUCCUAUACAACUGUCUUCAGUGGUAUCGUCGGCGGCGCCUUUACCGGAACGCAGACGACGACUCUGCCCGGCACCGGUCCAAACGGACUCGGAACUGUUGUCUUACAGACACCACUUCCACUUGCCACCUCUUAUACCACCGUCUUCAGCGGUAUCAUCGGCGGCGCCUUUACCGGAACACAAACAACAACUCUGCCCGGCACCGGUCCAAACGGUCUUGGGACCGUCGUCCUGCAAACAGCACUUCCGCUGGCCACAUCGUACACAACCAUCUUCAGCGGCAUCAUCGGGGAUUUCACCGGAACCCAGACGACAACUCUGCCGGGCACCGGCGCCGACGGCCUCGGAACCGUCGUUCUGCAGACGCCCAUCCCCACGACGAGCCUCAGUUACACGACCCUGGUCACGGGCAUCGCCGGGGACUUCACCGGCACCCAGACAUCCACGCUUCCCGUCGUCGGCCCCGGCAACGUGGCGACUGUCCUCCUCCAGACCGCCCUCCCUGUGGUUUCUUACACGACACUCCUGAUCGGCGUGCCGGGAUCCUUCACCGGCACGCAGACGUCCACGCUGCCCUUGGUCGGAAGCGGCGGCGUGGCUACGGUCGUGCUCCAGACGGCUCUGCCAUCCUCCACCAGCUUGUCCUCGACCUCGUCCGUCAUCGUCAUCAACACCUCGUACGUGACUAUCAUAACCGGAAUCUUUGGCGGGUUCUCCGGCACGCAGACGACGACGCUGCCGCCCGACGCCAGCAACCCGGGGCUCGUCACCGUGGUGCUCCAGACGGCCAUCCCCAGCCCCGGCACAACGCUGUACACGACGAUCCUUACCGGCGUGACCGGCGUGACCUUUGCCGGCACGAGGGUGACAACCCUGCCCGUCACCGGAACCAUUGGCACCGUCCUUCUGGAGACGGCCAUCCCCGAUAUUGUGCCGGUCACCUCGUACAUCACUAUUCCCACCGGUGUUCUCGGCGAGACGUUCCUCGGCACCCGGUUCUCGACUCUGCCAGUUACGGGGACUAUUGGAACCGUAUUGCAGCAGACUGCGAUCCCGGAUCCAGUCACUUCAUAUAUCACCAUCCCAACCGGUGUUCUCGGGGCCACGUUCAUCGGGACCCGGCUCACCACGCUUCCGGUCACAGGAACCAUUGGUACGGUAUUGCAAGAAACAGCCAUCCCCGACCCAGUCACCUCAUAUAUCACCAUUCCCACCGGUAUUCUCGGCGAGACGUUCCUCGGCACUCGGUUCUCAACCCUGCCGGUUACUGGCACCAUCGGUACCGUGUUGCAACAGACUGCGAUCCCGGAUCCAGUCACCUCAUACGUCACCAUUCCCACCGGUAUUCUCGGCGAGACGUUCCUCGGCACUCGGUUCUCAACCCUGCCAGUUACCGGCACCAUCGGUACUGUGUUGCAGCAAACCGCCAUUCCGGACCCAGUCACUUCAUAUGUCACCAUUCCCACCGGUGUCCUUGGUGAGACAUUCCUCGGCACCCGGUUCUCGACUCUGCCGGUCACGGGUACUAUUGGAACCGUUCUCCAGCAAACUGCCAUCCCCAACCCGGUCACCUCGUACACGACCGUCUUCAGCGGCAUCACGGGUCUCACCGGACCUCUCACCUCGACCCUCCCGGCCACCGGCACCCUCGCGACGGUGGUCAUCCAGACGGCCCUGCCCGUCGUCCCCGUCACCUCGUACACGACGAUCUUCACCGGAAUCCAGGGCAACUUUGCCGGCCUGCAGACGACAACUCUGCCCGUCUCCGGCACGCUCGGCACCGUCCUCGUCCAGUCGGCUCUGCCUUUCGUCACCUCCUACACCACAGUCUUUAGCGGCGUCACUGGUCUCGCCGGUCCGCUCACCUCCACCCUCCCGGCGACGGGCACUCUCGCAACCGUCGUCGUCCAGACCGCGUUGCCCGUCGUCACUUCGUACACCACCGUCUUCAGCGGCGUCGUCGGCCUUGUCGGUGCUCCGCUCACCUCCACGCUGCCGGCCACGGGAGAUCUGGCCACGGUUGUCAUCCAGACUGCCCUGCCUGUGGUCACAUCAUACACCACAGUCUUCAGCGGCGUCAUUGGUCUCCCUGGCGCUCCGCUCACAUCCACUCUUCCGGCAACUGGCAGCAUUGCUACCGUCGUCAUCCAGACGGCCUUACCCGUGGUCACCUCCUAUACCACCAUCUUCAGCGGCGUCACUGGUCUUGCAGGCCCGCUCACUUCCACGUUGCCGGCAACAGGAGAUCUGGCAACGGUUGUCAUCCAGACUGCCCUACCCGUGGUCACCUCGUUCACAACUGUCUUCAGCGGUGUCACGGGUCUGGUUGGAGCACCGCUCACGUCCACCCUUCCAGCAACUGGAAACCUGGCGACUGUGGUUAUCCAGACGGCCCUUCCUGUGGCCACUUCAUUUACCACCAUCUUCAGCGGCGUCGCAGGUCUUACUGGUGCUCCUAUCACAUCGACUCUCCCCGCAACUGGAAACCUGGCAACCGUCGUCAUUCAAACUGGUCUGCCUAUCGUCACCUCUUACACAACGGUUUUCAGCGGCGUUACUGGUCUUGUUGGAGCUCCGCUUACAUCAACCCUUCCGGCAACUGGAGAUCUUGCUACUGUUGUUAUCCAGACCGCGUUGCCCGUGGUUACCUCGUUUACAACGGUCUUCAGCGGCGUCACGGGUCUCGUCGGAGCUCCGCUCACGUCCACCCUCCCGGCAACCGGAAACUUGGCGACAGUUGUUAUUCAAACUGCCCUGCCCGUUGUUACAUCUUACACAACGGUUUUCAGUGGUAUCACUGGUCUCGUCGGCGCUCCACUCACGUCAACACUUCCAGCAACUGGAAACCUGGCAACAGUUGUUAUCCAAACUGCCUUGCCUGUUGUCACCUCCUACACGACGGUUUUCAGCGGCGUUACUGGCCUUGUUGGAGCCCCGCUUACAUCGACCCUCCCGGCAACGGGAGAUCUCGCAACCGUGGUUAUCCAGACUGCUCUGCCCAUCGUCACGUCAUACACGACGGUCUUCAGCGGUGUUGUCGGCCUCACUGGCGUCCCCAUCACGUCAACACUGCCGGCAACCGGAAACCUAGCAACUGUUCUUAUCCAGACUGCUUUGCCUGUCGUCACCUCGUACACAACGCUGUUCAGCGGCGUGACUGGCCUCAGCGGCCUCGUCACGAGCACUCUGCCGGCGACCGGCAGCAUCGCGACUGUCGUUAUUCAGACCGGGCUGCCCAUUGCCACGUCAUACACGACGAUUUUCAGCGGCAUUACUGGCCUUGCCGGGCCGGUCACAAGCACACUGCCAGGAAGCGGCGGCUUUGGAACAGUUCUUAUUCAAACUGCCUUGCCUGUUGUUACAUCCUAUACCACUGUUUUCAGCGGCGUCACUGGCCUUGUUGGUGCUCCAAUCACUUCCACACUGCCGGCGACGGGAGACCUGGCGACUGUUGUUAUACAAACGGCUUUGCCCGUGGUCACAUCAUACACCACAGUUUUCAGCGGCAUCACUGGCCUUGCCGGGCCAGUCACAAGCACGCUGCCAGGAAGUGGCGGUUUUGGGACGGUUGUUAUUCAGACUGCCUUGCCAGUGGUCACCUCCUACACCACUGUUUUCAGUGGCAUCACUGGUCUUGUUGGUGCUCCGCUCACUUCCACGUUGCCAGCAACAGGAAAUCUGGCGACUGUUGUCAUCCAGACUGCCUUACCUGUUGUCACCUCCUACACGACGGUUUUCAGCGGCGUUACUGGCCUUGCUGGGCCCCUUACCUCCACCCUUCCAGCGUCUGGAAACCUGGCAACCGUUGUUAUACAAACAGCUUUGCCUGUGGUUACAUCUUAUACCACAGUCUUCAGCGGUGUCACCGGCCUUGCCGGCCCGCUUACGUCUACCCUUCCAGCAUCCGGAAACCUGGCGACUGUUGUCAUCCAGACGGCAUUGCCUGUGGUUACUUCAUACACUACUGUUUUCAGUGGUGUCACCGGCCUUGCCGGCCCGCUUACGUCCACCCUUCCAGCAUCCGGAAACCUGGCAACCGUCGUUAUUCAAACUGCCUUACCUGUUGUCACCUCUUACACGACGGUUUUCAGCGGCGUUACUGGCCUUGUUGCCCCCCUUACAUCUACCCUCCCGGCAUCUGGAAAUCUGGCGACUGUCGUUAUACAAACGGCCUUGCCUGUGGUCACUUCCUAUACCACAGUUUUCAGUGGUGUCACUGGGCUUGCCGGUCCCAUCACGUCUACGUUGCCAGGAAUCGGCGGUUUCGGGACGGUCGUUAUCCAGACUGCCCUGCCUGUCAUCACAUCAUACACAACGGUCUUCAGCGGUGUCACCGGUCUUGCCGGCCCGCUUACGACUACCCUUCCAGCAUCCGGAAACCUGGCGACUGUUGUCAUCCAGACGGCAUUGCCUGUGGUUACUUCAUACACUACUGUUUUCAGUGGUGUCACUGGUCUUGCCGGCCCCGUCACAUCCACGUUGCCAGGAGUCGGCGGUUUCGGGACGGUCGUUAUUCAGACUGCCCUGCCCGUCGUCACUUCAUACGUCACGGUCUUCAGUGGGAUCACCGGUCUUGCAGGCCCCGUCACAAGCACGCUGCCCGGCUCCGGAAACCUUGCCACUGUUCUUAUCCAGACUGCCCUCCCGGUUGUUACGUCGUAUGUUACAGUCUUCAGCGGUGUCACUGGGCUCGUAGCCCCGGUGACAAGCACGUUGCCUGGAGGCGGCAGCGUUGUCACCGUCGUCAUCCAGACGGCGCUCCCAGUUGCCACCUCCUUCACCACCGUCUUCAGUGGAGUGACCGGGCUUGUUGGCCCAGUGACUUCCACGUUGCCCGCAACUGGAAACGUUGCUACCGUGGUCAUCCAGACCGCCCUGCCGGUUGUCACCUCCUACACCACAGUCUUCAGCGGUGUUGUUGGGCUUGCCGGACCUCUCACGUCGACUCUGCCAGCAAGCGGGAACCUGGCCACCGUUCUCAUCCAGACUGCUCUGCCAGUUGUUACCUCUUACACUACGGUGUUCAGUGGUGUUCCUGGACUUGCGGGACCUGUCACAUCGACGUUGCCCGGAGUCGGCAGCCUUGGAACUGUGGUCAUCCAGACAGCCCUCCCGAUUGUCACCUCGUACACCACGGUCUUCAGCGGCGUGGUUGGACUUACAGGUCCGCUCACUUCCACGCUGCCUGGAGCUGGCAGCGUUGCCACCGUCGUCAUCCAGACGGCUCUCCCUGUUGUUACAUCGUAUACCACAAUCUUCAGCGGCGUGGUUGGACUUACCGGUCCUAUCACUUCCACUGUGCCUGGAGUUGGCAGCAUCGCAACCGUCGUCAUCCAGACCGCCCUGCCCGCUCUGCCAGUCACAUCGUACGUCACUCAGGUUACGGGCGUGCCGGGAACAUUCGCCGGCACGUCGACGAUCACGCCGCCGUUCAUCGGAACGCUGGGCACUGUCCUCUUGCAGACGGCGAUCCCUCCCGCCACGACCGGAUACACAACGGUGGUCUCCGGUGUCAGCGGCAGCUUCACUGGCACUCGGACGACGACACUGCCGGUCUCGGGUACGCUCGGAACGGUCGUGUUACAGACGGCCAUCCCGCCGGCCGUCACCACGGGAUUCACCACCGUCACCAGCGGCAUCCCCGGCACGUUCACCGGCACAUCGACGACCACUCUGCCCAUCACCGGCACGCUGGGCACCGUCGUUCUCCAGACGGCGGUCCCGCCGGUCGUCACCACGGGCUUCACCACCGUCACCAGCGGCGUCCCUGGCACGUUCACCGGCACAUCGACGACUACUCUGCCGGUCUCGGGCACGCUCGGAACGGUCGUGUUACAGACGGCCAUCCCGCCGGCCGUCACCACGGGAUUCACCACCGUCACCAGCGGCAUCCCCGGCACGUUCACCGGCACGUCGACGAUUACUCUGCCCAUCACCGGCACGUUGGGCACCGUCGUUCUCCAGACGGCGGUCCCGCCGGCCACCUCGUACACGACCAUCUUCACGAGCGUUUUCGGCACCUUCACCGGCACCCAGACGUCGACUCUCCCCGUCUCCGGCACCAUCGGCACCGUUUUGGUGCAGACGGCGAUUCCCGUCUCGUACACGACGCUCAUCACCGGCGUUUCGGGCGCGUUCACCGGUACGCAGACAUCAACGAUCUCGGCCGUCGGAGGCCUUGGAACGGUCAUUCUUCAAACUGCCAUCCCGACGGGAUUCACGACCGUCACCAGCGGCGUCACCGGAUCCUUCACGGGCACCCGGACGACGACGCUACCGGUUACCGGUGGCGGCCUGGGCACUGUCGUUCUCCAGACGGCGAUCCCCAGCAUAUCGUACGUGACCGUUACCUCGGGUGUGACAGGAACUUUCACCGGUACCUCAACAACUACCCUUUCUGCCGUCGGAAACGUCGGCACCGUCGUCCUCCAGACGGCUCUCCCAAGCCUCGUCUACGUCACCGUCACCUCGGGCGUCACGGGCACCUUCACCGGAAUCUCGACGACAACGCUCUCCGGCACCGGGGUCACGAGGACGGUCGUCGCGCAGACGGCCCUGCCGACGAGCACAUCGUACACGACGGUCCUCACGGGCGUCACGGGGACCUUCACCGGGACGCGGACCAUCACGACGGGCAACACGGUGUUGCAGCAGACGGCCAUCCGCUCGGCAUCCCUCGUGCCCACCUCGCCGUCCGGCUGUAUUCCGUCACCGACGGCCACGGCGUCACCGGCCUGCGCCACAAGCGUCACGCUGCCGCCCCAGUGUACGGGGCUCGUCGGGUACAGAUGGGUCAGCCUCGUCCCGGGCCUGGCCGCGGUGCAGGAGAAGGUCACCUACACGCCAGCCGAGAUCCAGGCUUGCCGAGGGGCCCUCGGGACGAGCGCCAACCUCCCCGGCGUCGAGGCCUGUCUCACGCCGGACCUCCUCACGGCGCUGGUCGGCAGUCUCCUCGGCUUCAACCACGCCCAGUGCCUGCAGCAAAGGCUGGCCUCGACGUGUAUCCCGAGAUUGCCCACCGUCUGCGCCAACCUCGCGGCCGACGUGGCCAACACGGCGGUCCAGGCCAACGCCAACCUCUGCAUCAGGACCCUCGGCGUCUUCAACCAGACCACCGGCGUCACCAACUGCGCCUCUAGCCAGAGAGUCGCCCUCGGUAGCUUGUCUGUUCUCCAGUGUAUCGAGGGCGCCCUCCGCCUCCCCCUCGGCCAGACGCUCGCCUCGGCCGGCCGCCUCAUCUGUCCCGGCGGCGCGACGGGGCUCACCUGUCCUCAAGCUCCUGUGGCCUGCGGCAAUCUGCUGGAUAUCACGCUUUCCCCGAGCCAGCUCCAGGUCAACCUAGACGCCUGCCGAGUCGCCCAGACGGUCAACGCCCUCGGCACAACGGUAUCAGAUCUCACGAAGUUCCUCACUUGUACCCUCACCGAUCUCGCCGGCACGUUGAGCGCCCUACUUGGAGGAUCGACGGACAGUUACACUACCUGCAUCCAGAAGCAGUGUCUCACGGGUCCUCCGACGGCCUGUAUCAACCUCGGGGCCGACGUGAACAACGGCGCAUUGGUCACGGUCGAUGCCCCCAACCUGGUGCAGUGUCUCCUGAACCUUGGCCCCUUGUUGACGCAGCCCAUCGCCACCGAGUGCUUGCAGGCCGGCUUGACCAACUCCGCCGUCUCCGCUUGCCUGAACCUCCGCAUCUUCGGCCUCGCCACGGUCAACGCCAACGUCGGCGGCGGCUAAAAGAUUCUCUUCCAGACUGCUUCAACCACGGCUUUCCCCAGCCACCCCAUUUUUCUCUUUUGUCUUGGACUCUUCCUUUUCCUAUGUUAUUGUACGGCGUUGAGGGGAAACUGAAAUUGCUUGGAUACGGAUAAUACCCUCAACCUUAGCCACUCAUUGUACGGAGACCCCUCGCGAGUUUCUCUUGCGCAAGUCGCAAUGCGGGACGUUUCUCCCCUACGGAUAAUCAUGUAAUAUAUAAUAUCAAUACCACCUUCAUUU